UAAGAGCAGCUCUCUCCAUAGCAACUGAAAACUUUUCAAGGCAGCAAUAAACUAAUCCUCUCCAACUUCCAGAGCACCAUCAAGGAAUUUUAAAAACAUUGGACUUCCAGCAGCUAAAUACUUCUGAGGAUUCAGAAGGCCACAAAGCUAGAUACACGAGCAUUCUUUUUCCCUUCAGAAGAUUCCUCAGGUUUCCUGUUUAAGCUCUGAAGUGCAAACAACAAUCCAACAUUCAGUGCAGAUCCCUGACUGCAAGAAGAGGAGAUGUGUUUUCUGACCAAGCUUUCAGCUCUUGGGGUGGUAUGUUCUGCUUUCAUAUUCAGCGUGCUCAUUGCUGAAGGACAGCCUGGGGAAGAGCAUGGGCAGGAUGGCAGCUAUGCUCCCAGCAGAGGCUAUCUGAUGGAAGUUUUACGCGUUCUUUCAGCUGAAAACACUGAGCUCCACAUGAACCAUUCACGAGAACUGGUCAAAAUGUUGCUGGAGAGAGCUGAAUGCCCACAGCGGAUUUAUGGCAUGCAAGAGGAUUGUAAUAUGUGCCUUGAACCAGAUGCUUUGUUGCUAGUAGCUGGAGGAGAUUUAGAAGACCAUCUCAGUGAAGAAGUAUUUGAGAGAAUUUCUCUUAUUCUUCUCUACUACAUUCUUCAUCGCAGAGAUGUAUGUUCUCCAGAACUCAGCUUGAAUAACAAGGAUUAUAAAUUUUACCUGCAGAGUAUGCUUAGCUUAAGACAUGACGAAGACUGUUAUUAUUUUUCACGGAAUGAAACUGAAGAUAUUUUAACUGCAGUAAGGCAACAUUUUAAAACUUCUGAAACCCAGUGUGUUGAUGUGAGCACUCUGGAGAAAAAUGCUGAUAUAACGGACAGAGAUGGUGCCGAUGAAAACACUCUACCACGCCUGGCUGCUUUAAUCAUUACUCUGGCUCUCCAGGGAGUCUGCAUGGGGAAAGCAAGUUUGCCUUCCCCAGAAUUCUUUAUAAAAUAUAUCUUCAGUUCUCUAAACAGUACCACUGAGCUCCAAGUGACAGAACUAGAACAACUACUAAAUGUGCUUACAGCCAAAAAGACCUGCACUGUAAAUGGACAAUUCCACAGUCACAAAAGAAGACGUUACAGUAUGGCAAUCAGAGAUACUGGAAGAAAAAAUAGUCCAUUCAAAGGAAACCAUACAAAAGGAGACUCUCUGAAAGGCUAUUUUGAAGAUCGUGAAAGGAACACAGAUUGGGACCAGGUUUGUUUCUCUGCCAAUGAACUUGUGAAGAUAUUUUUGAAAAAUGGUUCUUCCUCCAUUUCCAAAGACCACUUCAAGCAAAUCAGUCCAGCUAUCAUUCAGCAACUUUUAAGUUGUUCAUGUCAGCUUCCUGACUUCAAGCAGACAAGACUUCCGCCAACAACUGUGGAAAAAUAUGGUUACAGCACUGUUGCUGUUUUACUUAUUACUAUUGGAUCUAUGUUUGGUACAACUCUCAUUUUAUUUAACUCCUGUCAAGAAAUCUAUACACUCGUUUUACAGCUGUUUGUCGGUUUGGCUGUUGGAACCCUUUCUGGAGAUGCAUUGCUACAUCUUAUUCCUCAGACUCUUGGUUUACAUAAACAUGAAGCACAAGACAUAGAACAUUUCUAUGAGGGAAAAGAAUAUAUUUGGAAGCUUUUGGGAAUAAUUGGAGGAAUUCAUGGUUUUUUUCUGAUAGAAAAGUGUUUCUUUCUUUUGGUAACACCACGGGAACAGAGAAGCCCAGAAGAUUCUGAAUCUGCUGAAGUUCCUCCGGAGAGCAAGGCGAUCAGCAAAAAAAGUAAGAAAAUCAGCUUGUUAGCAAUAAUGGUCCUGGUGGGUGACAGUCUUCACAAUUUUGCUGAUGGUCUAGUGAUAGGAGCAGCAUUCUCAUCCUCAACAGAAACAGGUGUGACAACGACUGUUGCUAUUUUAUGCCAUGAAAUUCCUCAUGAAAUGGGAGAUUUUGCUGUGCUGCUAAGUACAGGGCUCCCCACGAAGAUUGCAAUUCUGAUGAAUUUUAUAAGUGCACUGACAGCAUUCUUAGGACUUUAUAUUGGCCUUUCUCUAUCAACUGACCCAUCCAUUCAAAACUGGAUUUUUACUGUUACAGCUGGAAUGUUCUUGUAUUUAUCUUUAGCAGAAAUGCUUCCUGAAAUGACUCAUAUUCAGACGCGGCGACCCUGGUUGAUGUUUCUCCUACAGAACCUUGGAUUACUAUUAGGCUGGCUUUGCCUCUUACUUUUGGCUAUUUAUGAACAGAAAAUUAAAAUAUAAGUUUUCUGUUGGAAAUCUUGAAGUACCACUUAUGACAGUGGAUAGCAUUGUUCAUAAUUUUAUCAUAUCUGCUAUAGUGAUAUAUAAAUUAAGUUGCUGGGAUUUUAUAUCUGAAGAGUAGAUAACUAUUUUACUUUAUUAACUUAUUGUUCAGAUUUUGUAAUUAUUUUUUUUUUGUGAACAUGAAUGUUUAGAAUUAUGUUUUAUUUGUUACUGAGUUUACCAGAUCCCAUGCUCAAACUCACAGGAGCUUUUGAUUAGUUUUUAUUGAGACCAUUCUAGUUGAAUGCUCUAAAUGAUCUCUGCCAGUCUGAUUUGAAGAAAAGAAUAAAACACUUUUGUAUACAAUAAUUAAAGUGGACUAACCAUAGUUGAAUAUUUUGGAUAAGAAAUGGUUUUUUUGCCUCUUAGUACAAAAAAUUAAAGCAUUUCUAUAAAUCUAAAAAGCAUAGGGAAACUAGACUGCUAAAUGGCAUGUACCAAUCUCAUAAUAUCUGCACUGUCUACUUCGUCAACAUAAAGAUCCUCAGCAGUCAUAUCUUACUGGUCCACCGUGGUAGGAAAAAAAUUACAAGUGUAAAAGUUUAUGAUGUAGAAAUCUUUUCAAACUGCAAUACAGUUGUGAUGGAAACUAUGACAGUCAAGCACUGACCUAACUGCCUUUUGCAUUAUCUCACCCCUGAUGAUUGCUCAUAGCAAAUGCUUAUGAAGGAUUAUAAGAAAUAGGUUUAAUUGUUUUUCACUGAUAUCCCUUCCAAGCUCCUUAAAUGAAGGAAUUUCUUGAGCCAAAUGUUGCUUCUGAGACAUUGCAUUUAAUAAACACCACUAGUGCCUUCCUGUCAGCAAUUAGCUUAUUCAUACAUAUGCAAUGUGCAUUCUGGAAAGAGCUUUUUCAAUUGGCUUAAGUGCAUGUGGCCUCACUGCAACUCCUCCAAUCGUGAGUGAUUUUUGUGUAAUUAGUCCUCUUGAUUUCAAGGAAAUUCUACAUAAGUUGAGAUGAUUCAUUUAAUUUAGUAUGCAAGAAUCUGAAACAAAUAUACAAAAUCUGCCCUAAUUCUGAGGUGCUGAGAAACUACCAGGAUGUACUGAGCAGCACUCUGCUGUGUGAUUUCAGGUAUUUACAUGCUAUCAAAUUCUGAUUUGAGGACUUCUCCCCUACCUAGUUUACACUUUUGUAUGUUGGGUUCUUUCUUUCUUCUUUGAUGAGUUGUGGAAAUAGGGAGAGCAAGUUAUAGAAAAAAACAUAUUCUUUAUGCAGCAACUGGAAAUUUUCUUUUCCUUGUCUUAAGUCAAGCUUGAAAUAUGGCUACAUCAUGACACAAAAUAAUU